UUUCUUGGAUUCCAAAUUUUUAUUUUUCUUCAAAAAUUGCUCAACAAAUAUACCUUCGUUUUCGUCAUUUGGUUCAGAGAUGGUUUAGGUCAAUACAAGGAUCGUUUGCCACCAUGACCGAACGUUUGAGUUACUGCUGUGGCAUUUGCACAGGUGUUUUUCGCAUCGGUUGUUACACGAUUUACAGAAAAAUAUGUUGUAAACCACCUCCACCGCCAAAGCCCGAGUUUGCUGUCAUCUGUAUUGGACUGACGAAAGCUGGGAAAAGCACUUUACUUGCCCUUCUGGCUGGAGAAAGUACAGAAGUUGAGCCAACUAAAGGAUUUAGUAUCAAAGCACUGCAGUUUUCUGACUGCAUCAUCAAUGUGAAGGAGAUUGGAGGUGCUGAUAAUGUCCGUCCAUACUGGCAUCAUUACUAUCACGGUGCCCAAGGUGUCAUAUUCGUACUUGAUAGCUCAAGUUCUGAUGAAGAUCUCCAGAAGGUUGAAUCAGAGCUGAGUAAUGCCUUGGUGAAUCCACAAUUGAGGAAUGUCCCAUGUCUGAUUCUGGCCACGUAUCAAGAUGUACCUGGAGCUAAAACUGGUGAACAGCUGACAGAUGUCCUGGAGCUGAAUAAGAACUGUGAUGGUCGGCAGUGGCAUCUGCAGAUGUGCAGCAAGGCUGACACCAAGAGUGUACGUGCAGGCUUCAUGCAGUUCAAUCAGCUGUUACUUGGACCAAGCCCUGACCGGGAGGCUGCAGGGGACUACAAUAGACUCUAGGCUUAGGUUAUGUAACCAUGCUGUAGUGUACAGCAGGGUAAAUCUAACAAAUCUGUGACUUGGAAAGAUUUCAACAGGGUCAGUUUGGACGUCAAGGUUAUUUCUAGAUGUUAUACAUGGUAGAUCAGGUUUUUCAUGCUCCAACUUCGUAUAUAAAAUAUCGCUUGAAAUAUCGAGAGGCGGAGUAUAUUGAAAAUCACUGGUUAUGUCAGGAUGAUGGUAGAUUAGAUAUGCAAAAUUGUUGUUCCUGUGCAACUGCUUUGCCUCCAUAUACAUGUACAGUGUACAUAUGGAGCAGUUAUCUGGACAAAAUUUAAAUAAACAAAAACUUUUUACAAUAUUCUAGAAAUCAUUCAGUUAUGUGGCAGUAAUUUUCAGAUUUAUUUAGUUGCAAACAUGUGUAGUUGUUGCUUGCAAUGCUUGCCAAGUCCAACAGUUCUUUGUCAGAUAUUGUAACAAGCACUUAAAGUGUUCAGGAAUUUGUCUCAAAGGUCAGGCUGCUGAAUUGCUCUUUCAAAGCAGUUAUCAAAACAAUACAAACUGCCAAAAUUAAGUUUAUGUUAUAUGGGCACAUGAUCUGUCACUUUAGUUUUAAAUCCUGCACUUUUUGCAUCAUUUGGAAAACUGAUGCUAGUUCUGUAUAUUGUCAAUAGAGAACACUACUCCCACCAAUUUGUUAUUGCCUGGGGCCCCUGUUAAUUCUUGAGUACAGGGCUACACAAAUGCUUGGUCCAGGCAUGGUCUUUAGAGUUAUUUAUUCCAGAUUAGGUGCAUUUUGUACCAGCCAUAACCAGUGUUAUUUUGGAUUUUAGAAGCAGUAUGUUUUUAAUGGAAAAAAAACUUGAACAGGACGAUGUGAAAAUCAAAUCAUAGCUUUCUGUAGAUAUUUUUAUAUUAUACUUCUGUAUAU